GGCCUGUUUCCUGAGCAUCACCACCACGCAUUCAUCGCGGCGCCCUCCUAGGGGCGUUGUAUCUCCCUUUCGGAGAUUAAUCCUCAUUUCGACUGGGAACGCCAUCCUCGUAGCCUGCACUCCAUGGCACCCAAAGGCUCCUCGAAACGCAAACGUUCGGUCAACGACACAACCCACUCCGAUCAAGUAACCGUCACAUUAAUUAUCGGCCCCGAUGCCACGCCCUUCGACAUACACCGCGAGCUACUAUGUAAGCGGUCCGAGUUCUUCCGGGGCGCGUUCAAAGGCGGAUUUAGGGAAGCUGGGGAGCGGAGCAUGGUAUUGGAUGACGUGUCCGUAUUCUUGAUGCGGCAAUUCAUGCGGUGGAUAUACAACGGCGCUUUUCCCUUUACCGCCACCAUCGAAGAUGGAAGGAACGACGACGUCCAUGCCAUUCUAGACCCAGACGAGCUGCUGGACCUCUACAUUUUUGGUGAUCGUUACGAUCUCCCUACUUUACGUGGUGAUAGCCUCGCUAUGAUACAGGAAGCUUUCCAUGAAGAGGACGAUGAUUCUGAAGAAGAGUUUAGCGAUGAUGGAGAGGAAUACAGUGACGUCGAUGAGGAGAGCGCUGACGACGAAGAGGAGAGCGGUAGUGACGAAGAGGAGAGCAGUGAUGACGAAGAGGAAAGCGGCGAUGUCGAAGAGGAGAACAAUGACGAAGAAGAUGACCUCUCUGUCCCCCUAGAAUUCGUCGUACGUGCAUAUGAGAAUCUCCCGCAUUCUUCAGCCAUGUGCAAAUGGCUAGCGUGGCACAUGUCCAAGACUUGGCAGCCGGGCGACCUCCACCCAGAUGAAUUUGACACCCUGUCUCACCUGCCGCAUGCUUUCAUCCUUGCUGUGGCAAUCUACAGUCGGCAGCGAAUGGAACGAGCAAUAGAGGAUGGUGUGGAAGUUAACGAUAUGGCGCUACUGUUAGAAGAAGGAGACGAGCUGACUUGCCAGCUUCAUGAGCAUACUUUGACUGGCCAAUGUGUAGACGUCGCGGAUCAGUCGGUAUUAAGAAAGAACUUUCGGAAGCUUGAUGUUCUGAGCGGAUGAUCUCUUGAGGCAUAGUCGCCUUCCGCCUAAGAUUAUUAGACGCCGUGGUUCAGGAUUGUCCUAUCCGUCGUUAGCUUUUCUUGUUAACCUGCAUGUUCUCUUCUUUCUUGAUACCUACCAUGGCACUGCACAGAACAGGGAAGAACGUUGGAUGUGCAGAACCCAAAAGAUUGUUGAAGUCUAACACCUCGAACAAUGAGAUGGAACAGGCUACAAGGAUUCACUUAUAGAACAGAUCGUGGCGAAAGGACGGACCAAUUACUUGAAAGCUAUAUUAGUUUGUCAUAAGCCUUCUUGAGAGGGUACGCGGUUCUUUAUUUGAUAGAAGAAUCUGGAAAGGAAACUUAGCGUGAACGCUGGUCUCCCAGAAUCACCUCAAUCUCAGUGCGUUCAAGGGGCAAGAUAUAUUAGAUGCUGAUUUGUGUACGUG